AUGGGUAGGAAAAAGAGUAAAAACCAAUUACAUACUGGAGGUACUGCUAAUUCCGCCACCAAUGUUAAGAAAGAGACACCAUUGCCACCUUUGGGAAAUAAGUUGGGUAGCGCAAGUUUCAUAGCUAUUAAUACACUAACCAAACCCGCGUUGUUUUCUUUCUAUGAUGAAGAUAUCACUAAAAAUGAAGGGAAUGUUUAUGAUAAGUCUCUUUUGCUUAAUGCUUCUCAAUUGGAAAUGGUCCCGUCCUCUGAUGCUGUGAAACACGAAAGGUCGUUGUAUGCGAAAAUAAUCAAUUUUAUUGCAGCGUUUUUUAUUCUGUUCAUAACAGGAAUACUUUUCCCCAUGAUAUCAGAGUGCUUGUUCGAUAAUGAUCAAUUGGCAAAGGGGGAUAUUGUAUCUUUUCUAAAAUAUGGUAUAAUAAUUAAGAACAGAAUCGUCGCGGAACCUGACAUGGUUCCUGAUUGGGCUGUUUUUGGCACCGAAGGUGUUAUUUUUGGAUCAAUAGUACCAUUAGUUGACUAUUUGACACGUCGCCAGCGCCAGCCCAAAACCAGGUCAUCAGCUUAUAAGAAUACGUUGGGAUCAUUCAUAAGAUGUGCCAAUACUCUUUUGGGUAUAAUAUUUGGUAUAAGAAAAAUUGAGUGGUCUUCUUCCUUGCAGGCAUCUGGAGCAUGGAGCUUAUUAAAUAUUGUUCUCUGGUUGUUCUUUGAUGGCACUUUGACCGUCUUGUUUUCAGGUCUAGUGAUUGGUUUAAUUAGUGCAUUCACUUGCGCACAACAUUUCCCGCAGUUGUCACAAACGUUGUAUUUUAUAGAUUUCUAUUUUUUUGCUUUAUUGAUGUUCAGCAAAUUGGGCAGAUAUUUAUUAAAUUAG